UGCUAAAGAAAAAAAUAUUGACGCCUGCAUCGCCACUCCUAUUUGUUAGAAGGAGAACGAGUAUAUACGUCACUCGCCAGCAUUGUCGUUGUUGGUCGAAAGGGGGAUGAGGGCGGUAUCGCCACCUAUUUAAGCGUUCUUGGCAAAGGUCCAAAGAGUAGGAUAGGACCUGGGGUCGCCAUGCACCACCUUGCGAGCCUCGCGGUCCUUAACCCUCUUGGUGGAGACAGCAAAAGGAACGACGUUAGAUUCGCUGCAGGAGAUCCACUUGUGCGCCUUCGGGAACUAACUAAUGUAGGAAAGAAAUCCAAAAAUAUCUAAGUUAUAAAAUAAAUUUCUAACAAUACCAGACUUUCCAAAAUACCUAAGUUAUAAGCAAUUAGGUUAUCUAGUUUGAACUUUGAAACUAAAGAUCUAACAAGAUGCAAUAUGAAAGUUAAAUAAUUAGGUUAAAUUUUGAAAUUAGAGGAUCUAAGAAGAUUAGGAUUAAAGUUAAGUGAUCAUAUUGAAAGAUAGGAGAGGCAGGAAGGAUGGAGAGGUGGCCGGUGGGUGAGGAGUUGUGUUGCUGGGAAUCAAAUCCACGUUCCACAAGUGGCCAACGACUCAUCGGAGUUCAUCGACGACGUAUCAGGCCUUCUGAAGUCCGAAUUAUACAGAGGACCCGACUUGGGAGAGAGGGUAUGGGUCAACCAGAGAUACAAAUCAUUCAUUAGAAAGAUCACUUUAUUCCGCGCCGCCGCUUUCGCUUAGACAGACCCUGGAUCCGGAACUCGAGAACCAACAAUGAGGAUUUGGAUUCCGAAAAUUUUGAUUUGUUGUCGACGCUCCACAUAUCGCUACUUCCAACAUCGACCUCCAACGCUUCAACGGAGGCCGAUAUCUAUAAAAUCUAAACACAAACUCGGGAUAAAAACCGUCUCGCCCGCAACUGCUGAGAGAGAUAAAAAUGGUGGCGAAAACGACGGUUAGCAUGGUGCUAACCCCUCAACCCCCCACCCCCCACCCAAUCCCAAACCCGAAAAUCUGCAAGACUCUAGAAUACAAACAAAAGGGGGCGGACUGCCGACUGACUCAGGCUACUGUACAAACCGAUGUGAGCCAUUAACAGUGCGUUAGGCCCCAAACUGUAGCGGUAGGUGAAAGUUUUUGUGAUCCAAUACAAAAAGCAAACCGAUGUGGCUGGCUGGCUGGCGGCGACAUGUGGCCGGAGCCGGUGGGUCCCCCAUCCAUCUCUCAAUUAACAAUCAGAAAGGUCGUCGUCGUCGACGACAACGACGAUAACUCCAUUCCUUCAGUUGCCGGGCUCUCACCGACGCCGUAUUAUUGCUAUCUCCCAAACAAAACUACCCGUUGAUUCGCCGGUCCACCGUUGAACCGCGUGUGUGUGCGCGAGAUCAAGAUUAGAUUCAAAGUCAAACCUCCAUUAUUCCCUCUCCCGAAACCUUUCUUCCUCCUCCCCACUUGUUCCCACUUCUGACUACUUCCUUCCCCCAACUCUCUGCUCUCUCCCACUCAAUCCCCCCAUGGCUCUGCUCCUCCGCCACCCAAUUUCAAUCCUCUCCAUCGCCCUCUUCCUCGCCGCCGCAGUCACCGCCGCCCAGGAUCCGCCGGCUUCUCCAUCCAGAUACGAGGCCUGCAGGCCCAAAACCUGCGGCACCGGACCAAACAUAACCUACCCGUUCUACAUCCGCGGCAACAAGACCGACUUCUGCGGCCUCCGCGGGUUCGGCAUCCGCUGCGAGUCCGGCCAGCCAAUCUACCGCACCUCCGCCGCCCACUACGUCAUCCAAAGCAUCGCCUACUCCAACCAGACCUUCCGCCUCGCCAACCAGCAAUUCAUCUCCCCUCCUUCCGCCGCCGCCGCCUGCCCAACCCCUCACCUCAACUACUCCUUCGACCGCUCCUCCGUCGAGUUCAGCCCUUCCCACGCCGACGUCUACUUCUUCUACGGCUGCAACGCCUCCUCCUUCCGCCUCGCGAGAAGAGCGUCCCAGAUUCUCGACUGCAAUUCGUCCGCCGACGGGGACAACAACAACAAGACGUUCGUCGCCUUGAUUCCUCUGGAUGAGGAGUUCGAUUGGAACAGAGGGUCUUGCAGGGCUGCUGUGGCGGCUCCGGUUCAGCUCCGGGAGGGGAAGGAGCUCAAUGCGUCGAUUACCGAGGUGGAUUUCAGGAAGCUUUUGCGAGAUGGGUUUAGCCUGAAAUGGGUCGGGUUGGCGGGUUACCACUGCGGCGACUGCCAGAACAGCGGCGGCCGGUGUGGGUUUGAGGAAGGGGAAAGCAAGUGUUACUGCCCCGAUGGAACUUCCCAUCCGAAUAAUUGCCGUAACUACGACGAUUCCGUCUCCUUCUCCAACAACUCCGGGAAACGUAGAUCUAUGUUGAAGCUGGGAUUGGGUCUAGGGUUUGGAGUGGUAAUACUAGUCAUGAUUUUGCUCUCUGCUUUCAUUUGCCAUCGCAAGAGAAGAAGAAGGCAGAAGAAUCAACAAAGCUUCGAUUCGGGAAACGCCUAUCUCAAACCAUCUCCCACCACCAGAGACCCGGACGAAGAAGCCAACACCUGCUUCGGAAUCCCAAUCUUCACCUACGGCGAGCUCGAAGAGGCCACGAACCGUUUCGACAGCGACAAAGAACUCGGGGACGGAGGAUUUGGUACAGUGUACUACGGCAAGCUCCGAGACGGGAGGGAAGUUGCGGUGAAGCGCCUCUACGAGCACAACUACAGAAGGGUCCAGCAGUUCAUGAACGAGGUGGAGAUACUAACCCGCCUCCGCCACAAGAACCUCGUCUCCCUCUACGGAUGCACCUCGCGGCGCAGCCGCGAGCUCCUUCUAGUGUACGAGUACAUCCCCAACGGCACCGUGGCCGAUCACCUCCACGGCGAUCGGGCAAUCUCCUCUCCCCUUACGUGGCCGGUCCGGAUGAGCAUCGCGAUCGAGACAGCGAGCGCUCUGGCUUACCUCCACGCCUCGGACAUCAUACACCGUGAUGUGAAAACCACCAACAUUCUCCUGGACGGCAAUUUCGGGGUGAAAGUCGCCGACUUCGGGCUGUCGAGGUUGUUCCCCGAUCAUGUCACCCACGUCUCGACUGCUCCGCAGGGGACCCCUGGCUAUGUCGACCCGGAUUACCACCGGUGCUACCAGCUGACGAGCAAGAGCGACGUGUACAGCUUCGGCGUCGUGCUGAUGGAGCUGCUGUCGUCGAUGCCCGCGGUCGACAUCUCGAGGGACAGGGACGAGAUCAAUCUGGCCACUCUAGCCGUUGAUAGGAUCCAGAAGCGUAGGUUGGACGAUUUGGUGGACGGUCAGAUUGGGUUCGAUACGGAUGCAGAGGUGAAGAGGAUGGCGAGCGAGGUCGCGGUGCUGGCUUUUCAGUGCCUGCAGCAGGAUAAGGAGAUGAGGCCCAGCAUGGAUGUGGUGAUGGAGGAUUUGAAGCAGAUUAACGACGGCGUGCAGGGUGAUCAAAUGAACAAUGGGGAGAAAUCGCUAAGCAUUUCGACGACAACAACGACGCCAUCGUCGUUGUCAUUGCCACUGCCAUUGCCAUCGCUGGACUUUGCGGAAGCCGUGCUGCUGAAGAAGCUCCCGUCUUCUCCGAUCUCUGUGACGGAGAAAUGGGUCAGCAGUUGUUCCACUACGCCGAAUGUCAGCAGCUAGUGAACUGGCAAUCUGGCCGGCGUGGAUGAAUGGCGCGGCGAAUUGGGUCUCAGCUUUCUUUCUUGUUUUGUAAUCUAGAUUGGAACUGUGCAUACGAAAACAUCAGCUAAUUGUUUGCGGGUAGAUAUAAAAUUGUACAUUUCGAGUGUUGAGCAUUACUGAAGCAUUUCUCUAUAAUCAUACGGUCGGUAGCCAAGUAGGAUUAGGCAUUCUCUAUAAUCACAUAGCAACAUCAAUUGACUGAUGAGUUUGAAAAGUGUAAUAUGUACAUUAUUUUUAUUUAUUGAUAAGAAUGUUUGCUAAAAUCAAAUCAUGAUAAUUUA